GUCGUGGUGAAUGUGUACGCGGGCCGUCAGAAAUGGCUGAACUGGAAAUGCGGCUUGGCGUCGGUUUCACGGGGAAGAUUGAAUUUGUAGUGAAUUGAAAUGAAACUAUCGUAUAUGUGCUUGGAUUCUGCGUUGGAAUUGUGGCCUCCCGGUCUUUUUGAGCUUGAAUUUUUCGCUUCUCGGAUCGGGCAUCCGGAAAUCUCAGGAGUGUUCUCUUAUGUGGUAAAACUCGCCUGAAUGGGUUUCUUUUCAACAUAGUAAGCGGCAAAAGCCCAGGAGACUCCUGUAAGCGGUCAGAUAACAAGUGAUGUACUGUGGAAGUAAGGUGAGGUAUUUUUAUUGAGAAUAUGUCUGUAUUUUUUUAUUCCUGAGAGCGGUCGUAAAUAUUCUCGUACAAACUCUAGAUCUUAUAAUUUCGCCAUGACUCCUAUUUUGCAAGAUGAUCAUUUCACAGCUGGACCUUGGGCCGCCUAUGAAAUGACCUGAAACUAAAUUAAUCGUGAAAGUUCUAAGAAUUUAAGAGCUUUCCGAGAAAUGUGGGUCUCCUUAUUUCUGAUUGGAAAAUUCGUGUACCUGUAAACAUUUCCGGUCAGGAAAUGGCUUCUCAUUGGAUAAUGCAACAUUUAGUGGGAUUGUGCAUUCACACAGUUCCUCAUUAUACUAAAUAUUUCACUGAUUCUGUGUGAGGUUUCUGUGGUUUUCCAAAAUCACUUUUAAAUUCUGAACUUUCAGUUCUCAACGUCGAAAUAUGUCGAGUGGAAAGGUAAGUGUUUGAGCGAAAUUCAGAGAUUUCGGUCAAGUCAAUAAGGCUUAGGAAUAAUGCACUGUGUCUAGUUGAGAAUUAAGAAGAGGAGUUCGAUUUCGGAUUGUUAUGUCUAACUUACCAUUCGUAUUCUGAUGGUUUUAAAUUACUUUAAGUUAAUGGUAAUACUAUGUUCUAACCGAACUUGCUUUGGCUUUCGGUGGUAGCUGGUUUGAUGAAAUGUCACUUCCGUAUUUCAGAUGAACUCUCCGCGCUUCGUGACAUUUUUAUAAAGACAAUUUUGCUAAAUUUUUGCAUUUAUUCAUAACUGAAAACCCUCUGGAUCCGAUAUCAUCUGACAGACUCCUUUGCCAAAGCGGAAUACGUUAGGGAGAAGUGAAAUGAACAUAUGAACUGGCGAACCCAAAUACGAGAUAAAACACGUUUUCUCAUCGACGGCCGACUGGAAAAUCACUUUGGCAGAAUGUAUAUGACAAAACCCCGGCCGUUUGGAAGUGACGACCUGGUAAAGAUAAAUGUAGAAGACAGAAUGUUCACUUCAUUAUGGUUCUUUUAGUUCAUUUUCAGUGAGAUGCGAAAAUCUCCAACAAUUUUUAAAAAAUUAAUAAGAUAUUUGUAGCUUGCUUCAGUAUUGGUAACAUGAUCUAAAAAUGUCCACUAGAAAAGCCAAUUGGUCGAACUCCGGACUGUCAGCGAGAGCUAAGAAUCACAGAUCAAGACUUUUAAGUGACUCUAUAGCAGGGGAAUAAGAAUUAAACGAUCGUAGAGUGGAAAAUUCCUCCAUGCAAGAAAGAUUAGCUUUAGGCAGGGGCCUCCUACUUUCGGUUACUCUUCUUCUUGACAAGAAAAGAAGUUUUCCUAACGAAAGCAAAUUCAUAAAGCAGAUUUUCAUUAUAACAUUAAAGUUGUUCCUAUGAAAUUUUGCCUGACUGAUUUAGCCAAGACGCUAUGCAAACAAUCCUUUCUUCAGUAAGGCUAUCGUCACUUGACGGUAGAAAAAGUGGCUACGAUGUAAUUAUAAAGUGUGAUGUGGCAUAUGUUUCUGUGUAUGUCUUAUACCAAUUUACGGGAGUUUGUGAAUGUUUUGUCAGUAUAUUCUACUUAUGGUAUCGUUAUCGAGUGAACAAGUUGAGUCUUAAAAAGUGUAACCUGAAUUCAGAAGUAGUGGUAUUAACUGAUACCUUCACAAGAAGAGCGCCGAAUAAAAAUAACGUGUCAAGGUUUUAACUAUACAUUCCAUUGCUUAUAUUUACGACAGACACCAUACCAAGGGGGUAGGCGUUGCUUUGGAGAAUACAGAUGUCCUGAGUGUAACCGUGGGUGGAUGAGCGCCAACAGCUGGGCUAACACUGGUCAGCAGUGUCAGAAUUGUAGUAUUGUGGUGUACCCACACACGCAGCGUCCACUGCAUAAACCUGACGGGCUAGACAAGGGAGAUACCUCUAAACACCACCCUCAGCACUUGUGUGAGAAAUGCAAGAGACUGGGGCACUUUUGUGGAGAUCGUGACCGUUACCACUAAAGACCUUACCGUUUGAUUCAUCAUAAUUUCUGGACGAGAUACAUGAACUGAUUUAUAAAUGACGACAAUGUAAUUUCUUUAGAAUUUUUUAAAGGUUUUACUUAUACGAUAAGCAGUUGAGAAAAUACUAGAUAGUUAAAAACAACAAAACCAGUAUCCGUAAGAGUGGCAAUUUCACUAAUAUUUUAAAAAAUGUUCAAAAGAACAGGGCAUUUCGCAGUAAACUUUUCAAGAAUACUGGUAACUACGUUGAAUUAUUAAUUUCAUAUUGUCAGUUUCUUACUAAAGAAGUUUUUCUGGGAGUUUCUAGGGAGUCUGUAACGUAUUUAUUUCGGUGGAAUAGUGGUCAAUCAUUGUUAGGACUGUGCUUCUUCGGGGCGUGGUGAUGAACAUAGCGAGGGAAAAAGUAAAAGCUACACAAAAAUAAAGUGAAAUAAGGCUUCUAACCUAUCGACCGUUGUACUGUGCUUAAGUUAAGAAACAUUAUGAAUGAUUCACAAAAAUUUCAUCCCUACUGCCUAAAACAGUAAGUCAAGUACCUCAGGGUGACAUUUUGGUGCAAAACUGAACCCAUUGUGAAUUUUGUUCGCAGCUGAUACAAGAGAAAACCGUCCUUCUUCAGCUAUCCGCUUUCCAUAGUCCUCGAUCGACCUCUAAAAGGCGUACUCACCUUCUUUUAGCCUUUAUUUUAGUAAUAAUAGCAACAACAAAAAUAAUAAUAAUAACAAUAAUUUUAUGUACUUUUGCGCAUACUACAUGACUUACUGAUCGCAUGCAUAUUGACCAAUACUUGAAGAGUUUAAACGAGGCCUAAACAACUAUUUAAAUCAUUUUCAAAACAUAGAUGUAAGAUCUAGAGGCCAGAGAGUGAAUUCCAGAGUGUGUUGAGGCAAAAAUGUGUUGAUUUACAGUUCUGGAAUUCGAGGGGCCGACGGAACUAUGUCGAUUUCACUUCUCGGCGGAAAGGCAAAAUGUUUUUUCGAUAGAUACUCAAAGUUUAUUUUAUCAUUUUCCUAAUAUACAAUGUUUUGUAAAUAGUUUUUGUUGUUUUUCCUCUUGAUUUUAAAUAAUGAUAAUAGGUUAUAAUAACAUUUUGUGACUGAUCAAAGUAAGUAACUCAAUACUUCCCACAUAGAUAAUAAAAGCUGUCUGCGGUGUAAUGCUAAUAUUGUUGAAAAU